CCAGGCGCCGUCCCGUUUCCGAGGGCCGGGCCCGCCCUGAGAGGAGGCGUUUCGCAUCGAGCGAGAGGUGUGGAAAGAGCGUGGUCCAGACUGCGAGAGGGACAUGUCCCAUGGUGGAUCUACUUUUUGUUGAUGCCCGUGCCCCGUGGAGGAUAUUUGAAGAUUGAAUUCAUGAUGAUUGUAGGAGUGUUCACUGCGUGGUGAACGAGUAGUGAUUCUGGCUCAAGAUGUUGACCAAGUUGCGGAAGAAAGCCUUGUCAGCAUGCCAAGGCGCAAAGCUUCUGACAGCCAUUUUUGUCCAUAGCACCUGGACCUGCCUGUCCUUCUUGCUGGCCCUGCUCCGGUCAGCCUUUGGCGCUACGGAGCAAUGCAGUGGCGUGGAAUUUCUGGAAGGAUGGGUGUCCCAUGCGCGGACGCAUGAAGCAUCCCAUGCCUUCCGUUACGACGUACGAAUGGCCCUGGUCGAUUUGGACCAUCCGCCCCACUGGUGGGCCUUGGAACCCAUUCAGCGUCUCACGGCAGAGGAGGCUCGGACCGCCGCAGGGACCACAGGCUCGGUGAAGCUCCUCACCACGCCGGCGGCAGCGGAGUAUCAUCAAAAUCCGAUUCAAAUCUACUUCUGCGAAGAUCAGGGUGAAUACAAGCGUGGAGUGUGUGAAGUGACCAAUACGCCGUGGAACCAUCAUGUGUUCUUUGUCUUUGACCUCAAGGGCGAUGAGCGGCCCAAGCCUCUGCACGUCUCCCCGCUGAUGGACAUCAAGCAUCGCUGGCACCUGAAAGCCUCAGCUCCUUCGAGCAAUCCCUUGGAAGUCUUUGUGGAUGUUUUGCCUGGCUUAGACCGCAGCUCCAGCAAGCCGCUUUUUCGGGCACAUUUGCAGCUCCAGCCUAGCAGCUUCUUACGAGCUCGAGCGGAGCAUGCAGGCUCCUUGCAGAUGCUGUGGCGCUACGGUUUUCAACCUCAACGCACUGCUUUGCGGAUUUAUUGGAAUGCCGUGAAGCUUCUUCGAAAAGGUGUUCGCUUCCGAUCACAUCCAGCACCUGGUUUCAAAGAAGAGGUGCUGGAGGCCACGCAACGCUUUCAUGACCACGAGACGACGACACCGCGGUCGGCACCUUCAGCGCCCUGGUGGCGCGACAACCAAGCCUUUCCCUGGAAACCCUGAGCCCCGCCUCGAGCCUCGCCGCACCGCCACGCUGGGCCACGACGCCGCUGAAGGACCGAGGCGAACAUCUUCCGCUCAGAUCCUACGCCGAACGUCUCUUCUCCACAUGAAGGACGAUGGAUGACGUCCCUGAGUCUUUUUCUUGCAAGCGCAUGGUGCAUGCACAAUGAAGAAUUCCACUGAAAUUGGAUGUGAAUGGCAUGGCACCAUUUUUUCGCAUUUGCCAAUCCAGUUUGGAAUGACUUCUCUUUGGAAGAGCGGAGAGUCUUCCAUCUGCAGCCUCAUCGGCAGCCUCCCUGCAUCGAAUCAGCGCGUCCGAUCGGUGCAGCAAAAAGCAGCGUCGUCCG